AUGGACGUAAAAAUAGCAUUCUUGAAUGGAUAUAUAAAAGAAGAAGUAUACGUAUCCCAACCAAAAGGGUUUGAGGAUCCAUUCCAUCCUAACCAUGUCUAUAGACUCAAGAGAGCCUUAUAUGGAUUAAAACAAGCCCCACGAGCCUGGUAUGAAAGGUUAACACAAUUUCUACUCUCAAAAGGAUACAAUAGAGGAAGUGUUGACAAAACACUGUUUGUCAAACACUACAAAAGUGACAUCAUCAUAGCACAAAUCUAUGUUGAUGAUAUAGUGUUUGGAUCAACCAGAGAAACCUACAAAGAUGAGUUCAUUCGUCACAUGAAAAGCGAAUUUGAAAUGAGCAUGGUUGGAGAGCUCAGUUACUUUCUAGGUCUACAAAUAAAACAACUGGAAGACGGAAUCUUCAUCUCACAAAGUAAAUAUGCGAACAAUCUUGUCAACAGAUUUGGUCUAAAAGAAAGCAAAGCUGUUAGAACACCUGUUGCAACAACAGAGAAAAUUGCCAGAGAUACAGAAGGAAAAGAUGUAGAACAAAAACUAUAUCGUAGCAUAAUUGGUUGCCUACUAUACUUAACUGCCAGCAGACCAGACAUUUACUACUCAGUAGGCAUAUGUGCCAGAUAUCAAUCAUCCCCUAAGGAAUCACACAUGAAAACUGUGAAGAGAAUUAUCAAAUACGUUAAAGGAACUACUGAUCUAGGAAUAUGGUAUUCCUUUGACACAAACAAAUACCUAUCAGCAUACUGUGAUGCAGACUGGGCAGGCAACAUGGAUGAUAGAAAAAGCACUACUGGAGGAUGCUUUCUACUUGGAACAAAUCUAGUCUCCUGGAUAAGUAAAAAAAAAAAAAUCAACAUCACUAUCAACUGCAGAAGCCGAAUAUAUAGCUGCUGGGAGCUGUUGCACUCAAUUAUUAUGGAUGAAACAAAUGCUGGAAGACUAUGGUAUCAGUCAAGCAAAAAUGACAGUAUAUUGUGA